AUGGCUCGGUACUGCGGUUCGGUACCGUUGCUGGGUACUGCUAACGUGACAAUUUUGAUUGGUCUCCAGAUGACGUUCUGCAAUCAAGCAGUAUCAUCUAAUGAGCUGAUACAACUAGAAGACUCUUCUCCACCUGUAAGAGCGAGGAGAAGAGAUGUUCAUCUAGAAAGACUUGAAUUUAACCUUGCAAAAGCUCGAGCUUCCAUCACAUUUGCUGCACAAAAUCCAAAUAAAACUUCUGCAGAAGAUAAAGAUUAUGUCCCAAUCGGCCCAGUUUACAGGAACCCCUAUGCAUUUCACAGGAGCUAUCUUGAAAUGGAGAGGCUCUUUAAGGUCUAUGUUUAUGAAGAAGGAGAACCGCCAUUAUUCCAUGAUGGUCCCUGCAGAAGUAUCUAUUCGAUGGAAGGAAGGUUCAUUUAUAACAUGGAGAUGGGAAAUAGAUUUAGAACCAGGAAUCCUGAACAAGCACACGUUCAUUUUCUUCCAUUCAGUGUAGUCAAAAUGGUGAAGUUCAUCUACCAGCCAAAGACUUUUGAUAUAACUCCCAUUAAAAGAACUAUUGUGGAUUACAUAAAUGUUAUAUCUUCAAGAUAUCCCUAUUGGAAUAGAAGCCUGGGAGCUGAUCAUUUCAUGCUCUCUUGCCAUGAUUGGGGGCCACAUGCUUCCAAGUCUCUCCCUUACCUCUACUCCAACUCCAUCAGAGUCCUCUGCAAUGCCAACACUUCAGAAGGCUUCAAACCCCUCAAAGAUGUCUCCCUCCCAGAAAUCAAUCUUAAGACCGGGGUCACCGCCGGCUUCAUCGGAGGCAUACCGGUCUCUCGCCGCUCAAUUCUCGCCUUUUUCGCCGGCGGCAUGCACGGCCCGAUCCGGCCAAUCCUCCUCAAACACUGGAAGGACAAACAUGACAAUGAUAUGCAGAUCCAUGAAUAUUUGCCGCAAGGUGUGGACUACUAUAAGAUGAUGAAGAGUAGUAAGUUCUGCAUUUGCCCAAGUGGCUAUGAGGUAGCAAGUCCAAGAAUAGUGGAGGCAAUCUAUCUUGAAUGUGUGCCGGUUAUUAUAUCAGAUCACUAUGUUCUUCCCUUCAGUGAUGUGUUGAAUUGGAAGUCUUUCUCGGUUCAAAUUUCGGUUGAUCAGAUACCUGAAUUGAAGAACAUAUUGGCGAGGAUAUCGAAGGGGCAGUAUAUAAGGAUGUGGAGAAGGGUGAAGAUGGUGCAGAAGCAUUUUGUGGUGAAUAGUCCGCCUGAGAGAUUUGAUGUGUUUCAUAUGAUUUUGCAUUCUAUUUGGCUCAGGAGAUUGAAUUUUCGUGUUCAGGAUUUGAAUUGAUAUUUAUUUGUUGGGGGGGAAAUAAAGAACUCUUUUUU